AAAUGUACACAUGGACUUGAUCCAGUGAAAAGUGAAAAAGUAGUGAGUUGAGGUUAGUCGUCAAAGUCUGGGAAUCUAGCCUCCGUCCUCCAGUAUUUCCACUCUCAGCCAACCCGUGGGCCAGCCCAACACCGAGUUCCUGGCCGGUUCUGCUCCGGAUUGAUUCCUUCAGCCCCACAGUCGUCAGCUAGAUUGGCUGGAAGGCAGACCCGCCAACGUCGCUCGAUUGAUCCAGGGCGGAUUUGACCGCUCGCCCGCACGAUCAUGAUGCCCCCACAACCCAAUGGACCGCCCCAAUAUCCUCAAGGGCCACCCAACACUAUGGCUCGUCCACCGGGGCCCCCCACGAAUCUGGGUCCGCUCCGAAUGAAUGCUGGACCCAUGGGACCACCUCAGAUGAGUAAGAUGGGUCCACCCGCGCGUCCGGCUCUCCCGCCCAUGUCCAAUGGUCAGAUGGGACCUGCGCCCCCUGGACCUCCCAUGAUGAACCGUCCGGGUUUGCCACCCGCCUCAGCGCCCGCCGGAGGGCCGAAUUUGGGUGGAGGUCCUGCCCCCUAUCGCCCGGCGGGACCGCCCGGAUCUCAGGCCGGACCACCACCCUCAUCCAUGGGUGGACCCAUGCCAGCCCGACCCGGUGUCCCCCCUGGUCAAAUGGGUCCGCCAUCUCGUCCGGGUAUGCCCGUUAUGCCCAAUGGUGCUCAGUUUGGCCCACCUCGACACGGUUCCGGUCCGCCCCACCCAGCCUCUCAACCGGGUCCCAUGGGUGCCGCCCCCGGUGGUCCGCCUCGACCCCAAAUGAGCGGCGGCCAAUUUGGCCCUCCGCCCCCGAAUGGAAUGGGACCGCCCGCCGGCCCACCCGGCAUGUCUGGCCCACCUCGACCCGGCGGGUAUCCACCCCAUCCAUCUGGACCCGCUUCGGGCUAUCCAGCCGCUUCACCUGCUCCCGGCCCGGGUUAUCCCCCGGCCCCCCAGGGGCCACCUGGCAUGGGCGGAUACCCGCCUGCGCCCGCAAAUGGAGGUUAUCCGCCUCAACCUCCGGGACCAGGCCAAGCACCGGGCCCUGGUAUGAAUCAAAUGAAUCCUCAAUACCCUGGGGCUCAGAGUCCGCGCCGCGCGUUGGAUCCGGAUCAGAUGCCGUCGCCCAUUCACGUAAUGGAGGAAGACCAAAAUAACAAUAAAGGCUAUUUCGAAACCCGUGAGAAAGGUCAAACGCCGCCCCUCGUCACAACCGACUUCAUUUGUCGCGAUUUCGGCAACGCCAGUCCCCGCUUCAUUCGGUCGACCAUGUACAACGUGCCUGCCACCACGGACAUGAUGAAACAAACCGGCGUCCCAUUCGGUUUGGUCAUUGCCCCUUUCGCCCCCGUGCAAGAGGGUGAAAUUGAGCCUCCCGUGUCCGACUUUGGUCCCACGGGCCCAGUCCGGUGCCACCGUUGCAAGGCCUAUAUGUGCCCCUUCAUGCAAUUCAUCGACGGAGGACGACGAUUUCAAUGCGUCUUUUGCAAGGCCACCACUGAAGUACCCCAAGAAUAUUUCCAACACCUGGAUCACAAUGGACAGAGGCUGGAUCACUACCAGAGACCCGAACUGUGCUUGGGUGCCUACGAAUGUUUAGCCACCACGGACUAUUGCCGAGAUUCCAAGGAGCCCAACGUCCCCGGAAUCAUCUUCGCCAUUGACGUGUCCUAUCCCAUGAUGAAAGAGGGCGUGGUUCAACUCAUUUGCCGGAAUAUGAAGCGCAUGUUGCACAACCUUCCGAGUGAUACGAAUUGUGAUAAGCAGGAGCGACCGCGUGUGGGCUUUAUGACGUAUGAUUCGAAGAUCCAUUUCUACAAUAUCAACAAAGGACUCUCCCAACCCCAGCAGCUCAAUGUGGGUGACGUCGAAGACAUGUUUGUCCCAUUGGUCGAGGGUUUCAUGGUCAAAUGGGAGGAUUCGGAGCAAGUGAUCGAUUCACUCAUGGAGCAGAUCCCACUCAUGUAUGGCGAGACUCGGGAAACCGAAACGGUCCUCGGACCUGUCAUUCAAGCCGGCAAAGAGGCUUUCAAGGCUGCCAAUGCCGCCGGAAAGUUGAUCAUAUUCCAUCACAACUUGCCUGUGGCUGAGGCACCAGGAAAAUUGAAGAAUCGCGAUGAUCGAAAGUUACUUGCAACCGAGAAAGAGAAAACCGUUCUCACUCCACAAACCAAGUUCUACAACGAAGUGGGACAAGAAUGCGUGGCCGUGGGAUGCUCUGUGGACUUGUUCCUGUUCAACAAUGCCUACAUCGAUGUCGCCACUCUCAGCCAGGUGUCUCGAAUGACGGGAGGUCAAGUAUUCAAGUACACCUAUUUCUUACCCGAAAUCGACGGCGAACGCUUUCUUCGGGAUCUGGAAUAUAACCUUAAAAGACCGAUCGCCUUCGAUGCUAUCAUGAGAGUUCGGACCUCGACGGGAGUGAGGCCAGUCGAUUUCUUUGGGAGUUUCUUCAUGGCCAACACCACAGAUACUGAAUUGGCCGCCAUCAAUGGUGAUGCUGCCGUGACAUGUGAAAUCAAACACGACGACAAACUCACAGAAGAAGAUGGAGUCUACAUUCAAGCAGCCAUUCUUUUUACUUCGUGUUCGGGCCAACGUAGACUUCGAGUCUUGAAUCUGUCCUUGAACUGCGGUAGCAACAUGGCUGAAGUGUUUCGAACAUGUGAACUAGACACGGUGGUCAAUUUCAUUGCCAAGCAAUCUAUCAGUCGACUAAUGGAUUCCAAUCCUAAAGCCGUCAAGGAUCAGCUCAUCUCGAAUUGUGCCAAUAUCUUGGCUUGCUACCGAAAGAACUGUACGACUUCUUCGUCAAUGGGUCAACUCAUCCUGCCUGAAUGCCUGAAACUGCUUCCAUUGUAUACAAACUGUCUCAUUAAAUCGGAUGCCUUGAGUGGUGGGACAGACGUUGGAUGUGAUGACCGAGCUUAUUUGAUGAACGCUGUAUCAAGCAUGGAUGUGGCCUCAACUGUGGUUUAUUUUUAUCCAAGGCUCUUCGCCAUUCACGACGUGAGCCCAAGUGAAACUGGGUUGCCCAAUCAAACCCGAUGCUCGAUAGAGAAAAUCCGAGACGAUGGUGUCUAUCUCCUCGAAAAUGGGCUGUUCCUUUUUAUGUAUAUUGGGCUGUCCGUAGAUCCCGUCUGGAUACAAGAGGUCUUUGGCGUAUCUCUGCCUCAGCAAAUCAAUUUAGAUCAAAGUGAACUCGAGGAAAGGAACAACCCUCUUUCGAAACGAGUGAAAGAUAUCGUGGAGACCAUCCAAUCCCAGCGAUCCCGACAUAUGCGAUUGGUGGUGGUUCGUCAGCGUGAGAAGUUGGACAUCCUGUUCCGCCAUUAUCUCUGCGAGGAUCGGAGUGGCAAUGAUAACUGCUUCAGCUACGUGGACUUCUUGUGCCACAUGCACAAGGAGAUCCGUGCCCUCCUUGGCUAAUCCAGAGGGUAGGGGUCAACACAUUCAUCUUCACAACGCAUUUCAAGAGACCACGACGACCACAUACAAGAAUUCUUCACCAAACCCAAUCAACUCCUUGGCUACCCCCCUUAGUUGUGCAUACAUUAGAGCCUAUUUAUAUGUUAUUUUUUCAGAUAUAUUUAAGACUUCACCAAUCAUGAACAAAGCCAAUGGGGCUCAAGUAUGUUGACCGGCGUUUUCUACAGAGAACCUUAGGUAGUGACUUGGCGUGUAAAUACAACAGACAGGGUCUUAUGAAAGUAGGGAUAUCCUUCGUUAACAAACAUGAACGUGCUUUUUGGGCCAGGGGUAUUGGACACCUCUCCCAUUCAACAACGAUUUUGUAUUUUUGAGACUUUGAAAACGUCAUUUGGUUCUUUAAAUACAUGAAAUAUAAGUCUAGCAACAUUCGA